AUGCGACUGAAUGGGAGGCUGCUCAGCGCGAACGAGGGCCCCAGCAACUUUUUUUUCCAGGAUGCCCUGACACUUUUGCUUCAAAAGUCGCGAUCGGCAGUACCACUCGAUCCUAUCCCUUCGCCCUUAGGAAACUACAUGCUUCUCCAUGGUCUGCUUCAGCGGAUUCAUAUCGUGAGCGAGCUGUCACUGCCCAAUGGAAACCACUCCACUUCUCUUCCAACUGAAGAGCUGAAUAAGAUCGAGCGGGCUCUUCGCUCAUGGACAUCCGUUUGGCAACAAGCCCCUGAGUCAAGCCUGGAUCCACAGAAUGUCAAUGGUCCAAUCCCGUUCACGUCAAGUGCACUUCUAGGCCUUGCUUAUGUUCGGUUGUCCUUGAAUCUCGGUCCAUACCGUCGUCUUGAGACACGAGACCCCUUAAUCAUAGCCUCUGCCCUUUAUCGAUCACCGAAGCCAGAAAGAAGCUACCGCCUUAUUCCGGCACUGAUAUACGCCGCCCACGCUCUCAGUAUUCCAGUGCGUCUUGGAAUCGACCACAUCGCCCGCAGCCAAGCAUUCUUUUGGAGCGUGCGCCACUCUCUGGCUAGUCUGGAAUGCGCUGUCCUGCUAAGUAAAUGGCUUUUCACACUUGCUGAAGCCGCCCCAGACCAGGCACUCAGUGGUAGGCUUUCUUAUACGUUUCAGUUUAUGGAUUUUCGAAUACUGACACUUCCACAGAAAAUGAAAGCCGAAUUCUUCGAUGGACACAAUGUAUUGUGGAAGAGGCCUUUUCUUCCAUAG